AUGACCCACGGGAAUCAUGCAAAAGUCUCUUUUAGAGAACAAAUGAGAGGGUUCCCAAUAUGGCAGAUGAUUGUUAUAAGUAUGAUUCGUUUUGCUGAGCCUAUCGCAUUCACGUCAAUGUUCCCCUAUGUAUAUUUCAUGAUUCGAGAUUUUGGUAUUACCAAAGAUGACUCUGAAAUAUCAUCAUAUUCUGGUUACUUGGCUGCUUCCUUUUCCUUUUUCCAAUUUGUUUUCUGUGUUCAAUGGGGUAGACUUAGUGAUCGGAUUGGUCGUAAGCCUAUUCUUCUUACAGGGUUAAUGGGAACGUCUAUAUCGAUGUUACUUUUUGGGUUCUCUCAGAACUAUCAUAUGGCUCUUGUCGCUCGUUCAUGUCUCGGAGCAUUAAAUGGAAAUAUCCCAGUGUUAAGAACAACAAUUGGAGAAGUGGCUACUCAAAGGAAACAUCAGGCUAUAGCUUUCGCUUCCUUAUCAUUAUUGUGGAAUUUGGGUUGUGUAAUUGGUCCAAUGUUAGGAGGCUCCAAAUACCUAACAAGACCAAAAUCUAAACCUCGCAUUGACCAUACUUUGGAAUUAACCUCAAAUUCUACAUUGUAUGAUUUCUACAAUCAAUUCUUGGAUAAAUAUCCGUACGCCUUAUCAAAUGUCGUGGUUGCUAUCUUCUUAUGGACUAGUAUGAUUUUAGGUGCUUUAUUCUUGGAGGAAAGUCAUCCUGAAUUUAAAACUAGAAAGGAUAUUUUACUUCAAAUUGGUGAUGGAAUUCGAAGACGGUUGGGGUAUGAUGUUCCUUUACGUUCAUGGCAAAUCUCUAUUCACAGAGAGUUUCCAUUUUCAACUCAAGGACGUGGUAUUUAUCCAGAAGAUACUUCAAUUGAUCCUUUGGUGCCAUCAUCUUCAGAACCAGCUUACGGUCUGAUCACUGAUGAAGAAGAACCAUUGAGAUACGAUGAAGAAAAUGCAAUUUCAAUCGGAAAUGAAUCAGAGAGCGGUGAUGAUGAUGAAAUCGAUGCCUUAGUUCCCAUUAUUUCCAGAAGACUCUCUGAAACGAUUGUUAGGACUUAUUCUUCAAAUGAAGUUAUUCCUAUUAUUCAAGGAGAACGCAACAAUAAAAGGGAAGGCUUCAAUUCAACUGUUUUCACUCAUCCCGUUAUCAUGUGUAUUUUUGCUAAUUUUAUUUGUUCAUUGCAUACUGUUGUCUAUUCUGAGUUUUUUCCAGUUUUACUUGCUGGAGAAUUGAAAUCAGAUGAGCUCACUUUCCCCACCCAUAUAGCAGGUGGGUUUGGGUUCCUGAGUAACUCAAUUGGAACUUUACUUUCAUCCACAGGUAUAAUUGGUGUAUUAGCAGUCAUUUUUAUAUAUCCUUAUUUGGAUAGACAUGUUUCUACGAUCACCAGUUACAGAUUUAUUACCAUUUUACCUCCCAUACUAUACCCAGUACUACCAUACUUGGUUUUCCUUUCACCCGAAGGACCAUGGGAAAAACCAAAAGCCAUAGGCACAAUUCUGCUUUAUGUCUUAUCCGGUCUAUUGGUCUUAGCGAGUGCAUUGACAUUCCCUUCCUUGAUGGUUCUCUUACAUAGAGCUUCCAAUCCCAAGUAUAGUGCAUUUAUUAACGGUACAGCUUUGAGUUUAGUAUCGUUAGCGCGGUUUGUGGGACCUAUGGUUUGGGGUUGGAUAAUUCUGUACACUGAGAAGAUCUCCAUGGUGCAAUUGUCUUGGAUAUUAUUGGGUGCAGUUGCUGCAGCCGGGACCAUCCAAGGCUACUUUAUGGAAGAAGAGAAUGAAGAUUUAAAGGAAGGGGAAGCCGAUUGA